AUGCCUCGACGGUCAUCUCGGCCUGAUCCUGCGUCGCCUGAAGCGCCUAUGGCGUCAAAGCGACGCGCUUCAGCCAGACUGUCCGCCGCCGAACCGGGGGUCAAACGGGUCAAGUCAAACGUCGACCUGUCCCUCCGCCAGGCAAAGUCUACGACCAGCAAGAGCAAGUACUUUGAGCCAGAAGACUCCGACGAGCCUGACUCAGAGUCCGAUGCCUCUUCGGGGGAAUCCGCUGGCUCUGUGUAUGAGGAAGCAAAGGAGGGAUCCCCCACCGACGAAGCGGAGCCGGAAGAACUCUCCGACACCGACGAGGACGCCAAGAAGAAACCCAACGUGAGAGGAAAGCAACGACAGAGUACCAACAGCGAAAGCGACCCUGUGAAGGGCAAGGAGCUCUGGCGCGAAGGUGUCAGAGUGGGCCUGGAGCCCGGGCAAGAAGUUAUCAUUGCAAAGCCCAAGGCCCGAGACGCAGGGAAGACCCCGUACCAGGAUGAGACGCUGCACCCCAAUACCAAGCUGUUUUUGAUCGAUAUAGCUAGCAACAAUGACCGCCAAUGGCUCAAAGCGCAUGAUCCGGAUUAUCGCGCAGCAAAAAAGGACUUCGAGACAUUCGUUGACUCCCUCACACCGAAGAUUGCGGAGGUAGACGCUACCGUCCCCGAACUUCCUGUGAAGGACCUGAUUUUCCGCAUCCACAGGGAUGUUCGCUUCAGCAAGAAUCCACUUCCGUACAAGGUAGGCUACCUUCUCCGAGUCCCUGUCGCUGUGGCCUGUCGCAUGUGUGCACGCAUUUCUCUGCUGCCUGGCGGCGGGCUGUGGAACCCUGAGUCAGAGCCACUUGCACUGCUUCGGGAGGACAUCGACGAUAACUCGGCUGUCUUGAAGGGGAUACUCCGGGCGCCGGAGAUGCGUCGUGAGUUUCUGAAGGGAGCGUCCGACGAUGACGAUGCGGUUGUGGACGCUUUUACGCAUCACAAUAGGGAGUCUGCUCUCAAGACAAAACCAAAGGGUUACGAGGCAGAUAACAAGAACAUCAAAUUACUUCGACUACGCAGUUUCACUAUUGGAAAGCCCAUUCCAGAUGAUGAACUCACUGGAGAUGAUGCUCAGGAGAAGAUUGCUACUUUGGUUGGGGUCAUGGAGCCUUUCGUAAGCCCUUUUCCAAUCUAUUGA